AUGAGGCAAAUUCUGACACCACGCGCCUCUUCCCAGGUGUUCAAACUUUGUAUUUCUACUAGAUUUUAUUCUUCUGAGAAUGUUAGCUCCGAUUUAAAAACUCCAUUGCUUCAGCAUCUGCGCGAAAGAAACCUAAUUGCUAGUGUUACCAAUGAAUCUGUUGAAAAGCUUCUUGAAACCCAAAAAGUUGCACUUUACUGUGGUGCUGAUCCAAGUGCUCAGUCGCUACACGUCGGAAACCUUAUCCCACUUAUUAUUCUUCUUCAUUUUCGCGCUCGUGGUCAUACAUCCAUUAGUCUUGUCGGAGGUGCAACCGGUAUUGUAGGAGACCCCUCAGGCCGUACUACCGAACGCGCCCAAAUGGAGGCCGAUACCCGUGCAAAUAAUAUUUCCAAGAUUCGCGGUCAGCUUGAAACUUUUCUUGAACGCGGUCAGCAGUACGCGUCUACUCAUGGGUACCCAGAAGAGGGUUUUGGACCCAGAGUUUCUACAAAUAAUGCUGAUUGGUGGCGUGAAAUGGGAAUGCUUCAUUUUUUGGGAACUUACGGCCGUCAUAUUCGUGUCGGCCAAAUGUUAGCGCGUGAUAGUGUUAAAAAUCGUAUGGAAUCUGAGCAAGGCAUUGGGUUCAAUGAGUUUACUUACCAGAUUCUUCAAGCCUAUGACUUUUGGCAUCUUCAUAAUAAUUUUGGCUGCAGAAUUCAGGUGGGUGGAAAUGAUCAAUGGGGAAACAUCACUGCAGGCAUUGAUUUGAUUUCUCGUCUGCGCUCUGAAGUUCUUAAAAAUGAAAAGGCUCAAGCUCAAAAGACUAGCUCUCUUCCCAAAGUCUCUAAAGAUUCGGAUCCGGCCUAUGGUAUUACCGUUCCUCUUUUAACUACCCCUUCUGGUGAAAAAUUUGGAAAAUCUGCAGGUAAUGCUGUUUGGAUUGAUCCCGAUAUGACUAAACCUUACGAGCUCUAUCAAUACUUUGUUAAAGCCCCUGAUUCUGUCGUCGAAAACUAUCUUAAAAUGUUUACAUUUAUUUCUCUGGAAAAAAUAUCUGUCAUCAUGGCCACGCAUGCGGAAAACGAGUCUCUUCGUUACGCUCAGCGCAUACUUGCGAAGGAGGUUACCGAUUUUGUCCAUGGAGCAGGAACCGGUGAGAAUUCUGCUAUCAUGAGUGAAAUUCUAUUUGGAAACGCUGAAUCUUAUGAUGCUGACACAAUUCUUGCUGCCUUUUCUAGUCAAAAUCUUGUUCAACAAAUCCCAAAAGGCGAACUUAUUGACAAUCCAUGGAGAUCAGUCUUGGCCUCUGCUACUGGAAAAUCUAAGUCUGAAAUCUCCCGUCUCUUAAAAGGUAAAGGCGUGUACAACGGUUUGCAAAGAAUAGCAAUCACUGAAGCCAAUAUUGAAGAAUCUGAUUUUAUUGAAGGUAAACUUCUUCUUGUUCGUGUCGGUAAAGCCUCUUACUACAUCAUUGAAGCAAUCAAUUAA